CCUAAAGUACAUGAGCAGUUCGAUAAACUUGAUUGAAACUAGACAGGGUUCUCUCUCUAUAUAGCUUUGUGCCAAUGUCUCCUUGCUUGCGGCAACUAAUAUUGUUAACUCAAAGCAUGGGGAGGGCUCCUUGUUGUGACAAGGCCAACGUGAAGAGAGGCCCCUGGUCUCCUGAGGAAGACAAGCAACUGAAGGAGUUCAUAGAGAGGCAUGGCACCGGAGGAAAUUGGAUCGCGCUGCCUCAGAAGGCUGGUCUGAGGAGGUGUGGGAAGAGUUGCAGGCUCAGGUGGCUGAACUACCUGAGACCGAACAUAAAGCUUGGAGAUUUCAAUGAGGAUGAAGACAGGAUCAUCUGUGGCUUGGUCGCUGCCAUUGGAAGCAGAUGGUCGAUCAUUGCGGCUCAUCUACCGGGGCGGACCGACAACGACAUCAAGAACUACUGGAACACCAAGCUGAAGAAGAAGCUGCUUGGGCUAACAACAAAACACAUGAAGAAGCCUCAGCAGCAGCAGCUGCUGCAGCCACUGUUGUUGCCUUCAACCUUGUCGUCAGUAGCAGCACCAGCAGUAACAGACUUGGAAGGCAUUCCGAUUCCUCCAUGCCCGAUGAGCUCCUUCACAAGCUUAGGCCACCAAAAUGGUGGCCUGGUCAGGUUUGAGGAGUUUCAGGGCGACGGGUUGUAUGGGACUGGGGAAGCGUCAUGGGUUUCGUCUCUGUACCAUUGCUGACUGUAGUGACAAGAAAUAGCAGUGACAAGGUGGUGGUUGUUGUGUUAAGUCUGGUCCUGAUGGCAUCCAGUGAACUCUUCAUCGUUCAGAGAUUUACUGAACAUGUGGAGACUGGUGCCCUUUUUCUGUCAUCGAGUGGUAGAAACGAACAGAGAUGAUUGUUGAGCUCCA